CUCCGCCCGCGCCCGCCGCCUCCGCCCGCCGCCGCCCGCCGGCCCAGGCUGCUCCGGGAACGCGGCGCCGCGGCCGGCGGCCCAGGGGCGAGGAUGCGGCGGCGCUCGCGGCUGCUGCUGUGCUUCGCGCUGCUGUGGGCGCUGGGCAUCGCCUACUACAUGUCCUCCGGGGCGGGCUCCACCCUGGCCGCGGGCGCCGGCGCGGGCGGGGCCGGCAGGAAGGACGACUGGAACGACAUCGACCCGGUGAAGAAGAAGGACCUGCACCACAGCAACGGCGACGAGAAGGCCCAGAGCGUGGAGACCCUGCCCCCAGGCAAAGUGCGGUGGCGAGACUUCAACCAGGAGGCGUACGUGGCGGGGACCAUGGUCCGCUCGGGGCAGGACCCUUACGCCCGCAACAAGUUCAACCAGGUGGAGAGCGACAAGCUGCGCAUGGACAGAGCCAUCCCCGACACCCGGCACGACCAGUGUCAGCGGAAGCAGUGGCGGGAGGACCUGCCGGCCACCAGCGUAGUGAUCACCUUUCACAACGAGGCCCGGUCCGCCCUGCUCAGGACGGUGGUCAGCGUGCUGAAGAAGAGCCCACCCCAGCUCAUCAAAGAAAUCAUCCUGGUGGACGACUACAGCAAUGACCCGGAGGACGGGGCGCUCCUGGGGAAAAUCGAGAAGGUGCGGGUCCUCAGAAACGACCGGCGAGAAGGCCUGAUGCGCUCGCGGGUCCGGGGCGCUGACGCCGCCCAGGCCAAGGUGCUGACGUUCCUGGACAGCCACUGCGAGUGCAACGAGCACUGGCUGGAGCCGCUGCUGGAGCGGGUGGCCGAGGACAGGACCCGCGUGGUGUCGCCCAUCAUCGAUGUCAUCAACAUGGACAACUUCCAGUACGUGGGGGCGUCCGCGGACCUAAAAGGGGGCUUCGACUGGAACCUGGUGUUCAAGUGGGACUACAUGACGCCCGAGCAGAGGCGCGCCCGGCAGGGCAAUCCGGUCGCCCCCAUCAAAACCCCCAUGAUCGCCGGGGGGCUGUUCGUGAUGGACAAGUCCUACUUUGAGGAGCUGGGCAAGUACGACAUGAUGAUGGACGUGUGGGGCGGCGAGAACCUGGAGAUCUCCUUCCGCGUGUGGCAGUGCGGGGGCAGCCUGGAGAUCAUCCCCUGCAGCCGCGUGGGCCACGUCUUCCGCAAGCAGCACCCCUACACCUUCCCGGGCGGCAGCGGCACCGUCUUCGCCCGCAACACGCGGCGGGCGGCGGAGGUGUGGAUGGACGAGUACAAGAACUUCUACUACGCCGCCGUGCCUUCCGCCCGGAACGUCCCCUUCGGCAACAUCCAGAGCCGCCUGGAGCUGCGGAAACAGCUCAGCUGCAAGCCGUUCCGCUGGUACCUGGAGAACGUGUACCCUGAGCUGCGGGUCCCCGACCACCAGGACAUCGCCUUCGGCGCCCUGCAGCAGGGCACCAACUGCCUGGACACGCUGGGCCACUUUGCCGACGGCGUGGUCGGCGUGUACGAGUGUCACAACGCCGGGGGCAACCAGGAGUGGGCACUGACCAAGGAGAAGUCGGUGAAGCACAUGGACCUGUGCCUCACGGUGGUGGACCGGACGCCCGGCUCGCUCAUCAAGCUGCAGGGCUGCCGGGAGAACGACAGCAGACAGAAAUGGGAGCAGAUCGAGGGCAACUCGAAGCUGCGGCACGUGGGCAGCAACCUGUGCCUGGACAGCCGCGGGGCCAAGGCGGGCGGCCUGAGCGUGGAGGUGUGCGGCCCGGCGCUGUCCCAGCAGUGGAAGUUCUCGCUGAACCUGCAGCCGUAGGCGCCGGCCUGCGGGCCGUCGGGGGUCCGUGGAUCGGUCGCGCCUCUCGAACUCUCCGCGAAACGAUAUACCUCAGUGCUCCACCGCGUGUGCGGCCGGCGCCUCGGCCCGGACGCCUCGGCCCGGACGCCUCUGCUCAGCAGCGGGGCAAGAGGCUGAUCUUCCCCUCCCUGGACCACGGCCCCUUCCCGGCGGCUCCGCCUCCCGGCCCCGCCCGGACACCGGGGGCAUCUCCGGGGGGGCCGGGAGGGGAAGGGGCACACGCUCCAUCGCGGCGGGAGAACUCUCCGGAAACCUCCGUGUGCCCCAGCGCAAGCCCGCGGGGCCCACCGCGCCGACGGCCACCUGCAGGUCUGGCCCACCUCCCGCCGCCUCCACAGGCCGAGAAGGACCUGCCGUGUCUGACCGUGAGCGUGACCGUGGGCGUGUGCGGGGACACGCACUAUAAAUACAUACAAACAGCGCAGGGCGUGCCCGAUGGUUUCUGUUGCUCCGCCCCCUGUGAUGCCCCCGGAGCAGCGGCCGGGCCCCUGGGGGUGGCCCUGGCAGCCGGGGGCCCGGAGGCUGGACGCCUCUCUGCCCGGCUCCGGCGUCCCCUGGCACCCACCAGCCUGGACUGGUUUGGACAGACGUUGCUUUAGGUCUUUUUAAAUGAGAUUUCUUUUCUCGACGGAAAAAUAAACAACAGAACUGACCCCACGGCUCCCGGUACCGGCAGGAACUGUUCCAGGCCAGCGACGGGCCGAGAGCUGGCAGCCUGUCCGUCCCUCCGGGCCCAGGACGGUGGGAACAGCCCUGCCUGCUCAGUGACACUGAGGCCCGGGGCCUGAGCAGCGGCCGGGGGUCAGGGGUCGGGGAGCAGGCGCCCGUGUGAACCAGGGACGGUGACGAACGGAAAGUAACCACAGGGAGAGAUGCGGGGCGCCCCCUGGAGGGCGGCGUGUCCCGUGGAGCCUCCUUGCCUCUGGAGGGACAGGCUAGCCCCAGCCCCAAGGAGGCGCUGUGGUCACCUGGCCACACUCCCCUCGCCCCCCCCCCCCGGCCCUCCCGGCCCCCCCUCCCACACCUGCCUGGUCUCAGGCCGGCCGCACCCCCAGCCCCCAGCACACACACAGGGCGGCCUGUGCCUCCUGCGGGCACAUUCCCAGGCCCCUCUGGGGGGGACUGGGGCAUCACCGGCCAGAAACGGCCCCGGGAGAUCCUGCCAGUCACACUGCCACGGCGCCUCUGUCCUGCUCAUUCCCCUCUUUAAGAUCAAAGUUCAUCUUUUUUUUUUUUUUUUUUUUUAAUUGAUUUCAGAGAGGAAGGGAGAGGGAGAGAGAAACAUCCAUGGUGAG